CUUUCAUCAACCGAACGCCGCCGAACAGAGGGUUGAGUCGCAGCUCGAUCGAGUUGCGCCGUCGAGUCCGUAGCUGCUCCGUCGAGACCGUCGCUCGCAGCCUCUCUUUGUACGGACUCUCUUAGUCUCGGGGUGGCUUAGCGCGGACGCUUGCCGCCAUCUUCGGUUGGCGAUGUGCAGCGACGCCACAUCCGCGCAACCCUUGCCGCCGUAGUUGGACCUCCGCCGCUGAGGUCUGGUUCCGGUUCGCCUCUCCCCGUCUCUCGCGUUUCGCAGCUUUUCGAGACGCCGCUUCGUCUAUCUCUGCUUCUCUUGCUGGAAUUUUCAGCCGCGACGGGCCGGGCCUAGGCGGGACACCGUUGCCCCCAAGCAGUCCCUACGCCCCGUGCCUGUCCCUAAACCCAGAGAGCACUGGACGUACGCUUCUAAGGCAUUUUGAGAUUAACCCAUUUGAAAAUGACCCUAAAGCUUCACGUUUUGGCUUAAUUAUCCAGAAAUUCGUUUCUCCCGAUACCAUAUAGUUUGGUUUGCCUUGUCUGAAUGUGAGGAUUCGAGCGCGAUGACAAGUGCUGAGGAAGUGAAAAGAGACGAACUUGCCGGCUUUCUGAAAGUGCUUCCACCGGUGGAGUUUUCCUGUGUCUAUGGAUCGACUCUGCAUCCUAACAAUCCGGACAAGUCAUCCAUGGUGGAUUACAUUCUUGGAGUAUCAGAUCCUUUGCAGUGGCAUUCUGAGAAUCUCAAACUGAAUCGAGAUCACUAUGCUUCCUGGAUGGUCCAUGUUGGUGGGGCAAAACUGAUUACGGAAAUUGCUGAUGAAAUUGGUGUGGGGGUUCAUUUCAACCCUUUUGUUACUUGGGAUGAUAAGAUGCUCAAGUAUGGAGUUGUUCGGAUGCAUGACCUGCUACAGGAUGUACUCACGUGGGACAGAUUCUACUUGAGUGGUAGAUUGCAAAAACCUGUUCACAUACUGCUUGAUAACUUGGAUAUUGAAAAUGCCAAUUCUUGUAAUCUGAGAGCUGCAGUCUCGGCUGCUCUUCUCCUCUUGCCGCAUGAAUUUUCUGAGGAAGACCUUUAUGCUAAGAUAUGCAGUCUCUCAUACAUGGGUGAUCUACGUAUGCUUUUUGCCGAGGAUAGGAAUAAGGUGAAGAAGAUUGUACAAGGACAAUUGAGUCUGUUUCAGUCUAUCUACAAGCCAUUUCUUGAAGAAUAUGAGACAAAAAAUAUGAUAAGGUUCUCAUCACGCAGUGGUCAUCAAGCAGAUAUUUGUCAGGAUAUUGAUCUAUACACGACCUGUUCACUUGUUUCCUUGCUACCACAAGCAAUGAGAAAUCGCAUGGGAAUGAAGCUAGGAGAGCAGAAAAGGAUUGCUGAAUCAGGUCGAGUAGUGUGUGAUAUCAAGAUCAGCUCAAGAGAAGAGGCAGCGAAAUGCAUGCAGAAGGUUCUCCGGCGGACCGUGAUGAUGUCGAGUGCGAGGCAGGCAGUGUCGGGUUUCCUGACUACUGGUGGUCUCAAUGCUGUUAGGUAUCUCGGCAGGAAGAUGGCCAAGGCUUGGAAGUCCUAAAUUCAUAGCUUAUCUUACCUAGUGAACCUAAAUUUUAGCUAAAGUUUAGGAAAAGAGACACACGUAGAUGGGUUUUUCCGGGGAUGCUUAUCUUCUUGUUCCUUUGCGGUUCAUGGUUAUGCGAACUGUCAGUAAUUGAUUUGCUGUGCAAUUUGAACAAAUUUAUUUUGAUUUUCUGUGCAAGAACUGUAUUGUUACUCUCGCUCCCAUUGGGAAGACAUAAAAGCUUAAGAAGGAGAGGACGGAGCAAGAUUGACGAAUCACGGGAAAUUUU